UGUCAAGAGAACCCGCCCCCUGCGCUCCAUAGUCGCUGCUCCAAUGACGCAUUUCCGGAAGGUGAGGUCAGAUCUUUCCUGUGCCGCCAUUUCGGGAUUGGUGAGGUCGGGAUCGGUAGUUAGAAGACUGGUUGCCGCGUCUGGUUUGGGGGCGGCGUCUUUUGCCGCCUUAAGCCGGUGGUAGUAUCGAGUACCGGGGCGCUAGGGAGAGGCCCAUAGGGGGAGGAAAGCCAUGGCGGGCAACUUCGACUCCGAGGACCGGGCGAGCUGGUACUGGGGCAAGCUGAACAGACAAGAGGCGGUCAAUCUUCUGCAGGGCCAGCGGCACGGUGUGUUUUUAGUUCGAGACUCCACAACUAUACCUGGUGACUACGUAUUGUCUGUCUCUGAGAACUCCAAGGUUUCCCACUAUAUCAUCAACAGCGUCAGCAACAACCGGCAGAGUGGGACUGGAAUGAUCCAGUCCCGAUUCAGAAUAGGUGACCAAGAGUUUGAUUCCUUACCAUCUCUUUUGGAAUUUUAUAAGAUCCAUUACCUGGACACUACAACUUUAAUAGAACCAGUUUCCAAGUCUAAACAAUCUGGUGUAAUCCAAAGACAAGAAGAAGUUGAAUACGUGCGAGCUCUCUUUGACUUUAAUGGCAAUGAUGAUGAAGAUCUUCCAUUUAAGAAAGGAGACAUCCUGAGAAUUCGAGAUAAGCCCGAGGAGCAGUGGUGGAAUGCUGAGGACAACGAUGGAAGACGGGGCAUGAUACCUGUGCCUUACGUCGAGAAGUACAGGCCUCCCUCUUCAGCAGGGUCAGCCCUGAUUGGAGGUUGGUGAUCUAGUAAAGGUAACAAAGAUUAAUGUCAGUGGCCAGUGGGAAGGAGAGUGCAACGGGAAAUAUGGUCAUUUUCCAUUUACACAUGUGCGUCUGCUGGAUCAACAGAACCCAGAGGAGGACUUUAGCUGAGUGUGGCUUGGAUCCAUUCCUGUGAGAAGCGAACAAUCUUGCUCUGUCUCCCUCUCCUAUUUUUUCAUCUGCCAUUUAGACUGCCUUUAACAAAUUUUGAGUAGUCAUGCCCCAGAACCCCUUUCAAUUGCAGUCAACCUAUAACUGAGAUUUGGCAGAGUUCUGGUACAAGCUUGGAUCAAGUCCUACAAUAGGCAGAUUGUAAAGGUUAUGCUGAGGCAAUGUAACACUCUAAUGCAAAGAACUGCACAAUUUAUUGUAGGGAAGCAUUUUAUUGGAACAAGAGACAAGAGUUUUCUUCCUUCCCAUGUUGUAUUUCAAACAAGCAGUACCAUCUAAAGAUAUAUCAUUGGACUCCACUUUUUUAUCCUUUGUAUUUACUGACUUUACUAUGUCAAUAGGUUAACACUGUAUGGUAUUAAAUUAAGUAUCAACUAUGCUGUACAAACCAUUUUUUCCUGGUUCAUAAACCAGUACAAGUCAUACCUUUUCACACAGUGGAUUUAGCGAUUAAACUCCUUUUGAAAGCAGGAUGAUUAAGGGGAUUUGCCUAUUGGUUUUAAAGCACUUUCCAUAAUGAUGUUACCUGAUCAGAAUUACUCAUUAAAAUGGCAAAAAGUAAUCUUCCAAUAUCCCCUGAAAAAUGUAGCUAGAACUGUACAUGCAUUAAAUGUUUCCCUUGAUAUCUCCUGCUGCAUUUUUAGCUGUAUGCAGAGAUAACUUUCAGUACAAGAAGAUACUAGAAAAUAAACCCUUAUAAUUCAUCUUUUUUGACAUUUGCAUUUAGGAAACUAUCAGUUGUAUUAUUUCCAUCAUUUGCAGUCAAAAAUAAUUUUAGCUUUUUUUUUUUUUUUUUUUUGCUGCAUUACACAACACUUAAUGUAAAUAUGGAAUAGGGGUGACUGUACAUAUCAUACUGAACUGAUAAGCCUCUGCCUCUUUUAACCACUGGCCUGCCAGUCAGUGAGACAUAGGCUAGAGUUUCUACAGCCUUUCACUGUGCAUUUUGUAAUUUCUCAAUUCAUAUUGCUAUUUAAAAGGGAGAGGGUAUAUUAGCAAGAGGGUCCAAUCACCAGGAAUACAUGGGUCCAACUUUUUAGGAGCCACAGUCCAGACACCCAGCUUGGGUUUUUUUUCGUUUCCCUCUUCUAGAACCUUUUUAUUUAUAAAAAAAAAUGCAGGUAGGAUUGUUAGGUUAUACACUACAAUCGCUAAAUUUGUUAUUCCAGUGGAUUUUUUUUUUUUUUUUUAUCCCACUGCUAGUUAGGAAUUUUAAACCCUACUGAAUUUGCACAUCACCAAACUAUGUACAUGAUCCUGAUAGAGGUGAAUUUGCAUGGUUAAUGCAGUUCAUUCUAUUUUAUGUUACGAGGACUGGACCAAUCCAUUUUUGUGUCUUGUAGUAAUUCACCAGUGCUGUGGUAAUUCCCUUUAUUCUUGGCAAUAAUGUUUAUCACUUUUGGCAAAUAUACUGGCUGGGGGUACUGAGUUUUCAGUAAGGGUGCAGUUCACCACCAUCAAGUAUUUUUUGGAAAUUUGUUAAUGCUGUGGUUUAAAGAUAUGCAGGUACACCCAUGGCUUUUAUUUUUAACUGACCUUCAAUUUCUGUAAGAGUAAGGAGGAUGCUCUGCUUUAUUUAGAGCUGUGUUAGAGUGAAGACACACUGAGCUACUAGUAGCAGCUACUUUUUCAUGGCUUCUAAACACCAGAAUAUACACUGCCAUAGACAAUAGUGAGAAUUGCCUCUGCUAAAACACACUUAGAGACAAUUAUCAGUAAAAGAUCAGCAUUGUCUGUUAGUAGCCAUCACUAGUAGCUGCUACUAGUAGCUCCGUGUGUCUUCACCCUUAAACUUAAAGACAUUUAAGAAAAGCACAUAUGCAUGUCUGAAGUGUCAUUUGUAAAUAUAUAGGUCCAUUUUGUUUCUGGGGAGACAUUUUCAAAGUCAAAAGCCAAGGAAAUGCAACAGCUGCAAUAAUCUUGGGGUAUGCCCAGUAAGGAAGCUAAAGCUGGCCAUGCACCUAAAGAUCUAUUUGGCAGGUUCUCCAAGUGAGCAGAUUAGCUGGUGAGAAAUAAGAAUUUCAUUUCAGUUAGCAGUCAAUGGCAUCCAGCCAGAUUAUGGUCAAGCUGGGGUUGAAAGCCACAUGUUCCAUUUCCAUUAGGCACGCAGAAGACUUGCUAACUUAAAGGCCUUUCAACCUAACCGUUCCUGUUCUUAAUAACAAAUACAUAAUGUUUCUGCUGCAAUCACAGAGGAAAAUGAAUUCAUUUUUCUAAUUGUUCUCUUGAAGAUGAGCUGGAACUGAAAAUGUAAUUCAGUCCAUUCUAGGUUUUACUUAUGUUUUUACAGAGCAGGAGACUGCUGGGAACAUUAUUUUUAAAUAUCGGCAUUUAUCAGAAGGUAAACCCUUUACCAGAUGAACACUAUGCCCUUGUAUAGGAACUGGUAAACUGACUGGUCACCCUUUGAUAAAUAUAGCCGUUGAUAUCUAGGUUUCUAUAUAUUAUAUUUGACAUCAAUAAUCCCCUGCUUUUUUUCUUUCACCAUAUAAGAAAUGAAACUGUUCUAAACUGUCCACCAGAGAACUAAGGUUGAAUGGGGAAAAAAAACAAUGCAGCUACAAUAUUAUAAGAUAAUGGUUCCCUCUGUACAAAAAUGUUUCUUUUCUAAAUAUUUUCAUAUCCUUAGGUAUGUAGAAUCGGCCAUAUUGAUUGUCUGGGAAGAGGUUACUUAUUGCAACAGUUUCCCUAGUCUGGUGGGCUUAAAUUUACAACCUUGGUAUCUGUGUCUAUAGAGGAUGCUUUUGCCAAGAAUUUACUUGUUGAUUAAAAACCGGUCUCCUCACAAUUCUAAUGGCGCAGCAGUCAGGCAAUUGUUAAAUCUAAGUAAGCAGUGCCCUAGUAUCUUGAACAAUAAACAGCAUGGAAGCUCUACUUAACAAAAAAUAUUUAUACAAGGCUAUAAUAACAUGUAAUAAUGUUUUCUGAAUAUAUAGAAGAGCAUGCUUGAACCCCCACCCACUAAUUCCAUUUAACUGUAAUUUAAGCGUCCGUAUCGUCAACGAAUACGUUUUUUAUAUAUAUAUAUAUAUAUACAUUUAAAUAACGUACAGUGAUAUAAUAAGCUAGUAAUAUGUAGCCUUGGAGGCUGCUAAUCAGAUUCCCAUAGGGGCCACAUUUAGGGUCAUGAUAGACAGUAGGCUUUGUUGCUUGUGGGAAAUCUUGAUUCCUGUGGGCCAGAAUGUGCCCAAAAACACCUGCCAUCGCUAUCUAUUGGAAUCGGCAUAUGUAAAACAUUUAACUUGCAGCAAUCCCAUAAUCAUUAUUAUCAUAACCAUAAUUACCCAUAAUCAUGCAAAAAUUGGCACAAAGGUGAUUCCAGUGGACAUGGGCUGGCAUGUAUUUUUGGUCUACUGUAAAGCUCUUCUGCAUGGUGAUAAAGAGCCCCUGUCAAGGUCCUUGGAAAGAAAAUUAAAAAAAAAACAAAAAAAAACGUUUAACCCCUAGCCUGCCAGGCAAACAGCUGUGGAACUGAUUGUUCCAACAGCCUUAAUUUUAGAGGCUCGCAGUGAGGUAUUGACAAUAGAAACUAUAAAUUGUAUGAUCUGUGCCAAGACAAGGGUUAAAAUAAUCUUUUUAGUAAUUUAGGCAGUGUUACUAAACUUUUUUUUUUUCGCAAGGGCCACAGAUGUGUCGACUACAUGACCCAAGAAUUGGUUUAGAGUGAAUUAAUAUACCUUGUUUAAAUUUGUUUGUAUGACACUCCACUUUAUUAAACAGAGACACCCAUAUAGCUUGGGGACCCAGUGUUGGUUUCCUGCCCAUAAAUUAAGAUUCACUGACUUAAGUAAAGAUAAAUUGGGACAAAUGUUGCUUAUGACUGUUGGUAUAGGAAGUAAUUCUUUAUUUUUAAAUAACAGGUUACAUUUUUUUGUCUAUUUUCUAAUGUUGCUACUGGCCCUUUAGGGUGAUGUCACGCUGGGUCUCUCUUCACCUGGUGAGAAAUAUCCUCUUCAGUGGGCGAUAAAACACCCAACAGUACCUCCCCCUUCACUUUCCUUUCAAUCGAAUGCAGAGAUCCCUGGUAACUGCCAAAUGAGAAUGGGAAUGAGGCAUUUCUGAGCAAUUGUCUUAGGUUAUUACAUGUAAUGUGUUUUACAUGCAGCUAUUGAAAGGAAAGUGAAGAGGCCAUUAAUCGCCCGCGAAAGAAAGAUUUCCCAAUGGACGAUAAAGCACCCAGUGUGACAUUGUCCUUAAUGUAAGUAUGGAAUGCCAACAAAAAGGGUAUCUAAACUGACACACAUUGGCAUUGGUUUUGUUUUUUUACACAGAUUCCACAGAUAGAAAGGAAACUAUGAUAAAGUAUCUGACUCAUAAGAGCAUUCAACCCUACCCUCAACAUAGGUAGUACAGAUUUUCUGCAAAGUCCCAGUAUCCAUCACUUGACGGUGGAACAAGGUGAAGGAGGGGGGGCUUUAUGACAGAUUAAAAGGGGAUUUGGAAGAGUGAUCCUAUGAGUUGGGCAAAUUAUGAUGAUUUCCUUUUAUUUUGAGGAAUAAAACUGUCUGCUUAAAAUAGUGUGACAGCUCAGAUAGUGUCAAAAAGGAGGGAAUUUUUUUCUUUAAUGAUCCUUAUGGAUCACUCCAUAAUUUUUAUGGCAAUUUAUUCACAUAGUUUGAUUCCCAUCAGGCCAGUUAAGAACAAAUCAUCCUGAAUCAAAUCGAUUUUCAUUUCUUACAAAACUGUCUGCAAUUAAUAUAGCUAAAUAUCACUACUGAUCAUUAUCAUUGCCCAUAGCUUACAGUGUGAGUCAAAUCCUCAGCUGCUCUGGUCUGGGAGAGACUACCCCUUGCUUAAACGGUGUUAAAUAUUGAUUUUUAGUCUCCUAGUUUAAAGGUGCCUAUCAAUUAAAGCACUUGCUACAUGGCUAGCCAGCCUUCAGGACAGUCCUGGAUAAAUCUGCCCAUAGUUUCUUUUUACAUGGUUACUAAAAAAAUAAUUGUUGGCAAAUGUUUUGUUAUUUUAAACUAAUUACUAACAUUUAUUUACUUUUUUUAAUAGCUGCUUAACCCCUCUAAGGCUAUAAAUGUUGUGGUUUCAGACUGUCAACAACACCCAGUACAAGCUCAGGAUACACGUAACCUAAACCAUACAGCAGACAUAAGUAGCUCUGAGUAAGCACUAACUCACAAAACACUAAUGUAAAUAGGGGGGAUGAAAAUUGGUGCUGCAGUUAACCCCUAACCAAAGUAUUUUAUGUUAGUUUUUCAUGUGCCAUUUAUUUAUCUUAAAAAAAAAACUUUCUCCCCCAUAAUUGAAGAAAGAGAAUUUUGCUGGACUAGAAAGUAAGGCAUUCCCUAGUGCCCAUUGACUUUGAAUGUUUUCUUAUUUGUUUGUAUUAGUAACAAAAAAUGUUGACAUUUUCUCAAUUUACUAAUUUUACCAAUAAGAUGAAAUUGUUUACAUAUGGAAAUCAAACUAUUUUGCAAACUGACUUUUUUCCCCCCCCCCCAUGGAGUUGAAAAAACUUAAAUUGACAAUAUCUAUCUUCACUGUUAGACCACUAAAAAGUAUGUGUGUACACUAACGCCAUCUAAUCUUUUCAUGCUAAAGCAUACGCAGUCUGUCCGUCUGAAUCCUUUACGCUCACAAUGAAUACAAAUCUGCACUCUUAAGGAUUAAAGUUGAGACUAUGAAACGGUGAUUGUAUUACUCUGAUUUAAUUUUUUUUAUAUGGUUAGUAUUACAUAAAAGUUUAUUUUGGGAUAAUUUUCUGUAUUUUGUAAACUAUUAAAAGAUAUUACAUAAAGUAUUACUGAUUUUGGAUACUUUUCAUGGUUAUAAAAUGCAAUGCUGACUUCUAUAUACUGCUGUUGGGAUACUUGUUUAGAUUCAGAACAGUACAGUUUGCCUGUUUUUGCUGCUUGUAUUUUACAGAGGUCGGUAAAAGCCACACAAACUGGAUAAUUCCAUUCUAUGGUGCAUAUUUUGGCAAUACAUUCUUUAUAUGGCUGGUUGAGACGUUGUCUUGAAAGGUUGGAACAUUUUGGCAGAAAAGCGAGCUUGCCUACACCUCAUGCAAUACCAUUCCCUGUAACUGAAAUAUACUAGGGGUAGCUUGAAAGUGCCUGAGAGCCACUUAACUGUAAAAUCACACUGUGUGCCUUUAAAGGCUAUAAGAACAACAGGCGUAGCCAGAAUGGUGUCAUUUUAUGUCAUGAUGUGUAUAAUGUAAGAUUUUCCUUGAUGUAAAAAUGAAUAUAGUGCUUUAGGCUUGUUUCCUGAGUAGGGGCACAUUUUAGAAGGUUGUAACUUCAUAUUGAGGUUUUGAGGUGACAUUUUUAUUCCCCCCAACUUUUGUCUAUUAUCCUGUAGUAAUAACCUUGUGCAGUGGGACAACCUGGGCUUUCUUUCAGAGCUGCUCCCUGUUUUUGUGGGGGUUAUACAGCGGACUGGUUUAAUUUGUGCACCCCUUAUAGGUAUUACUGCCACUCCUGCUACUGUACUUACUGCAGACCAUUUCAGAAUGCAGCUUCAAAACUGACUGUACAAAUAUGGUUUUGAUUGAACAUAGACAUCUCAAGUUAGGGAAAAUACCAAAUCUAAUAUUUAAAGCUCCAGUGCCUUGUUUAUUAAUUACUUGGGCAUCAUUACAUCAUUUUUUUAAGGUGUGCUGCUUAGCAGAAUGCAACAAAAUGCAUUGGGGAGUGGAUGACUGGAGAAAUGGCAGUCAUGCAGGAUUAAGCCUAUAUUCAGUACAUUGUAUUUUGUUUCAUGCAAACCAAAUCAGCUGCUGCAUUCCUUACUAAUUUCAAUAGAGGGCAAAGAUCUGUUUUACAUGUUUUUGGUUACUAGAUCCUAGCCUCUUAUCACUAAUAUUUUUUUAUAUGCAUAUUGUUUGGGUAAUCUGUAGAAAUGUUCCUUUUUAAUCCAAAUAGGUUCUAAUCAUUUAAAUAAUAGCACUGCAUCUUAAGCAUUUUGUUUUGUUACAGUAAGGGGACUAUUUAAAGCAAAAAAGUGCCAUUGUAUAGUAACAAUAUACACUUUCCCACCAAUACAGAAUUCUUUUUAUAGCAUGUAUCUAUGUUCAUAAUACGCUUAGUAAAUAAAGAAAUGGACAAA